AUGAGUCGCCGUCACCUUGUUUUCGGUGCGGAGCCAAUCACUGGUCUAGAGAAUGCACCUCUGAAGAAGAGAUGCCACGACAGCAGACGCUCUGGACACAAGCGAGGAUUAUGCAAAAGUUCCCUGGAGAAGAAAAAGCGGAAUUCGAAGCAGAAGCGGAAACCUGCCAACAACGUCACGCUCGCUCCGAGUCUUGCUGACGUCGCUGUAAACAGCAUCAACUGUAGAGUACAAAUUGAUGGGAAGACAGCACGCAUGCGCCUUGAUACUGGAGCAGACGUAACAUUGCUGAGCACUGCAGACUGGACCGCCAUGGGUCGACCGAAGCUGCAAUCACUCCCUCUGACACUGAAGUCUGCCAACAACGAACCGAUCAACGCUCGGGGAUGCUACGAAUGCAACUUCAUCAUUGAUGGUCAUCGAAGAUAUGGUACUUGCCAUGUAGCUGACACGCCGUCGUUGUUGAGCUUAGAUUGGAUCGCCCAACACGAGCCACAGUUUCGUCACCUGACAGAAGGCUCCAUCUGCAACAUUUCUUCAAGGACGCUCAUCACCUUGAAGUCUUCUCUCGCAACGCACCUGAAGAAGAAGUUUCCAGCAGUCUUCGCGCCUGGACUGGGAUGUUGUACCAAGUCAAAGGCUAAACUCGCUCUGAAGCCUGACUCCAAGCCUGUCCUUCUGAAGGCUCACCCCCCCCCCCCCUCUGCUGCUGUGACGACGAUUUCAACCGAAAUCAAUCAACUUGUGCCUAUACACGUGCUCGAGCCCGUUGAUAAUUCAGCAAGGGCAGCACCCAUUGUCGUUGUUCAGAAGAAAAAAAUGGAUCGAUCCGCCUCUGCCCAUACUCAACCGGACUGA